AUGACUGUUAGCAACAUGCCUAAAUUAUUGUUUCUUCAUGGUUUCUUACAGAAUGGGAAAGUCUUCUCUGAAAAAUCAAGUGGUAUUAGAAAACUAUUAAAAAAGGCUAACGUUCAGUGUGAUUACAUUGAUGGCCCAGUGUUAUUAGAAAAGAAAGAUUUACCUUUCGAAAUGGAUGAUGAAAAGUGGAAAGCUACUGUGGAUGCUCAAUUGAAUCGUGCUUGGUUCUAUCAUAGCGAAAUCUCUAGUGAAUUAGAUGUGACUAAAGGUAUUGAAACCGUAGUCAACCAUAUUAAGGAGAAUGGCCCAUACGAUGGUAUUGUAGGGUUCUCACAAGGGGCUGCAUUGUCCACAAUAAUUACUAAUAAGAUUACUGAGUUGGUUCCAGAUCAUCCAGAAUUUAAAGUUAGUGUAAUUAUCUCAGGUUAUUCUUUCACUGAACAGGACCCAUCUAAACCAGAAGGUGAUUUAAGAAUCACUGAGAAAUAUCAACAGAGUUUUGCUCCUGCCCCAGGAAUGAAGACUAAAAUCAUUUUAAUUUAUGGUGAAUCGGAUCAAGCCGUGCCAUGUGUUAGAUCUAAAUAUUUAGCAUCAAUCUUUAAAAAUGUUUUAGAUGAUACUGAUCAAGUAAAAACAUAUGAACAUCCAGGUGGACAUAUGGUUCCAAACAAAAAAGAUAUUAUUAGACCAAUAGUCGAAGAAAUUGAAAAGUCUUUACAAAAUUAA